AAUACCCAGCCUCAGCCUAGUUCAAAGUUCCCAGUAAACACAGCGUUUUCUGGGCGGAUUAAGUUGUAACACUUUUUUUUUUUUUUUUAACUCCUUUUCGUGGGGGAAGCAAUAAAGAGGUUGGAGCUUUUGUUUUAAAAUGUCUUCCUAACAAAACAAUAAAAAGGGAUCGCCACUUUUAUGAGGUUCUCCGAACAAGGGACCGGUCACAGGCUUAUUUCCACUGGAAAGCUGUAUUUAAGGUGGUCUUUGUGCUGCUUGAUUCCGAAGCUGGUUGGGGUCUUUUGUCCGGAUGUCAAACCCCCAGUCCCCUACAAAUGAGCUCCCUUUUGGGAGAUCAGCGUGCAGAAAUGAACCGUCCUCCCCUUCAAUUAGCAAACUAAAAGCAAAUUAAACUCACCCCUUGUUCCCCGCUCAGCUUUUUAAUGGGGGACUUUUGGAGAAUAUGAAAAUGCAGCAGAGAUGUGUGUCCGGCCAGGCAGGUCUCUGUUCUGAGGAGGCAGCGAAGCGGGUUAAACCAGCUUAUUAAAAUGCUCCAGUUCCCCUUUCCCCCCUUGCUGGGGCCUUUAUCAGGCACUUUCAGACAGAACCAGAGUUUAAACUGCUUUAAAAAAAAAAAAUAAUGUUUACCUUUGGCCGCUACAAGGAGUGUGGCCAGCCCUGGAGAUAGCUCCCAGAUCAAUACUAUCUGUAAUUAAAGCACUGGAGUCAGCUGCCGGAUGGUUAAGUCAGAUUUAUUCGGCGCUGCACAAAUUCAGAGGGAUAUUUACGGCGGCACUUGCAGGAUUCGCCGCACCGCGAUCGCUCCUGGACGGCGCGUCCCGGCGGGAGGCUGCGGGCGGCGCCGGACGUUUUUCGUUUUGGGCCUUUUUCUUUCAUUUUACUCUCUUUUUCCAAGAGGAAAAGGUCUCGCCUCACGGCCUCCCGGCCCCAUCCCGCCGCCCCGUGAGGAGGGACGAUGCCCUGGCUCCGCUUACCCCCGCCGGGCCGGGCCCGGGGCUGCCGGUCGGGGGUCGGGCUACCCCGACGGCGCGUCCGCCGUGCUGACAGCCCACGGCCGCGCAGCCAAGCUCUGUUUUCCCCCGCGUGGGCUGCCUGGCGGGUCUUGCGCGGGGCUCCUGGUGCGCGGAAGAUCCGCGCCCCUGCGCCAGGUGUGCACAUGGUGCCUCCCCGCCUGCGCGGCUGCGGGGAGUGGAGCGCACACGCACCGCGGCGGCUGCCCGCUCCUACACGCGUGGGUGCGCUGGAGGCGCCUGGUGGGCGUGGGUCAGCGAGAAUGGGCCUUUCCCAGUGGUGGCACACGGGCCCCGGCUCCGCUCGCCCCCCUGGAGCAGGCAGGGCACGGAGUAGGCAGGACAUGGGUAGGGCACGGUGCGGGCAGGGCAUGGUGCAGGCAGGACACGAAGCAGGAAGAGCCCGGAGCCCCUCGGCACGUCCAGAGCAGGACAUGGAGCAGGCAGGACAAGAAGCAGGCAGGGCAUGGUGCAGGCAGAGCCCGGAGCCCCUCGGUAAAAGUAUGGUUUCAGAACAGACGGACAAAGUUCAAGCGGCAAAAGUUGGAAGAGGAAGGCUCAGACUCACAACAGAAGAAAAAAGGGACUCAUCACAUUAACCGGUGGAGAAUCGCCACCAAACAAGCCAGUCCAGAGGAAAUCGACGUCACGUCGGACGAUUAAAAAACUGGCACUUUGGGACUUUUCAAAGCCAGGCACCCCACCAACAGAAAGUGUUAAAGGCUCACACCCCCCCCACCCCCCCCACAUCCGCGGCGUGGCGGUGCGGGGAAGGGACACGGAGAUCUUCAUCAAAAAACGCGAUUCCCGCCUGGGAGGGCAGCUGGGAGCGAGCGAGAGAUCCGAACUGUGGCACUGCCGGCACCGCUCUGGCAAGGGGGAUCUGUCAAUCAGAGCCAAAAACACCGGGACGAGGUGAUUGACAGGUAUUCCGUUUCUCGCAGUCCACUUUUAAAAGCGUAACGUCAAAAAAUUAAAAAAAAAAAAAACUUGAAAAAAAAUCUUAAAAAAAAGAAAAACAAACAAACAAACAAACAAAAAAUUAACCAACCCCAACCAAACCAGAAAAAUUACCACCUUGCAGGACAUUUUGCACUUCACAGUUUUUUCCGUCUUUGAAAGAGAAAUUUCCAUGAGCAGCCAAAACCCACACCUGUUUCAGAAACUUGAAUUGCAUGUGUAAAGCCGUCUGGGCAAAAAAAAAAAAAAAAAAAAAAAAAAAAAGGAAAAAAAAGAAAAAAACGGAAAAAAAUUACCCCGGUUCCUAAAGACAGAAAUGAAUUGUAAUUUUUUUCCCUUUAAGACAGGUUCUGUGUGCUUUUUAAUUUUAUUUUACGAGAAAUGUGCAGUCUGUAAACAUUUUAUGAUAACUUCUGGCGUCAAAGUGUUUGUGAAAGCUAAAUGAAGUAGCGGUAACAAAGCAUAGUGUUCCUUCCGGAUGGACAAACACGGUGGGGCAGGGGAGGGACGGGAGGGAAAGGGGGUGGGGGGGUGUUUAGGGCUGGUCGUAACUUUUGCUGCCAAAAAAAAAAAAAAUUAAAUCAAAUUAUUCCCCCCUCCCUCCCUCCCCCCCCCCCCCCAAAUUGUAUCCCCAUUGCAAAACCGGAUGAUGAUUAUUUUUUAAGAUUAAUAAAGCGCAAACCCAGCGACCAGGUUUGGCGGUGGGGACACCUCCCAGGCUGGGAGGAUCCAGAGAAAAGGGACUUAAAAUCACGGAUUGAUUUUUAUUUUUUUUUUUAAAUAUUUUUUUUUUUCUAAUGGCCAUUUUCAUUGGGGCAAUUUUCAAGCACUGACCUUAUAAUAUUCCGAAAUCAUAGAGCUACUAAAAAAAAAGUGACAAAUGUUUCCUUCAUGUCUUCUAUACCAGAAUGUAAAUAUUUUUGUGUUUUGUGUUUAAUUUGUUAGAAUUCUAACACACUAUAUACUUCCAAGAAGUAUGUCAUUGUCAAUAUUUUGUCAAUAAAGAUUUAUCAA